CAUAGCUUUUACUCAUGUCUAAUAAAAAAGGCACAUGUGUGUUCCCCGAGCAACUGUGCGACCUCCUGCUGGAUAUUAUGAUCGAAGGCCGAGUCGCUGGACGUGUGACCCGCUCGCGUGCCCUACAUCUGGUCGCACUGGUGGGGGAAGCUUGUCCUCUUGCCUCAGGAGGUCGUCUGGCGCGAUCGCGACAGCCACCAAUACGCCGACGGGCGCGUCGUCAUCAACCAGAAGAAGUACAUGGUCAGCCGCAUGCCCGCCAGCCAGAUCCGCGAGGGCGGCUUCUUGACGGCGGCAGACCGCACCGAGAUGAGGAGAUGUAUCGAGAAUAGCCGGUCGCCAGCCGGGAUCCGUCGGCCCGAUGCGGCCGCGUACGUGUUGUUGUUUCAGAGUGAGGAUCCCCGGAUUGCCGAGGAAGAGACGCGCAAGACGAUCGAACAUCUUCGCCAGACCCCAGAGGUCGGCAUCACCACGCAGCCCAUCCGUUGGUUCCACGACACUGGGGAUCCGGACGUCAUCGCGGCCGCCUUCGGGGACUCGAGCUGGGCCAGCGCCCAGAACCUGAAGAUCCAGACGUGUGCCAUCAUCGUCUGGGCUCGUCGUGGGGCUUUAGCCCGCUCCGCCUCUAUUUCCACAGCCAGCUGGCGUAGCGCUCGCACGCAGCGCCAGGCUCGUUCUACCCUGGUCGCAGAGGCGUGUGCUGCCAACGUUGCCGUCGACAGUGGUUCUUACGCUAUUACGUUUCUGAGCGAGGUUUUGACUGGAGUCUUACGUCGCCGCUGAGAUUGGAAACAGCCGCCUGCGUGCUGCGCCGCUCUACGUCACCGCAGAUUGCAAUAGCUUGUAUGGCUGCGUCGCCAAGGAGAAGUCGUGCCUUGACGAGCAGCCUGUUCUGCUGAACGUUUCGUCCAUCUUGAACAAUCCAGGAGCAGACUCGAGGCGGUGGACUCCGACUAGCAGCAUGUGAGCCGC